GAGCAAACACACCAUUCAUUACCGACCAGUCCAGAUUGAAGGAGGACGGAGAGGCAAGCCGUGGAAACGAACAGAUGUGAACUGGACUACGAAUAGACAACAAGCAGCAGUCAAGACAGAAAACCUUCGAGCCUGCUAACAUGUGGCAACCCGCGUCGGAGCGACUGCAGCACUUCCAGACCAUGCUGAAGACCAAGCUCAAUGUGCUGACGCUGAGAAAGGAGCCUUUGCCCACGGUGAUCUUCCAUGAGCCCGAGGCCAUCGAGCUGUGCUCCACCACACCGCUCACAAAGAACAGGCCCCAUGCUGGAUACAAGGUGGCCUACCUGGGUAAAGUGGCUAUUUCUGGGACCCAGUUCCUGUCUGGCUGCACAGAGUCGGCAGUGGUGGGUUUGGUGGAGCGUCGUGCCCUUACCCAGCAACAAGGCACCUGCCCCGCAGGCAGCUCACUGCUGGAGAUUCGGCCUUUCCAGGUGCGUCUUCACCACAUGGAUGGGCAUGGCGAGGCCUCAGUAACUAUGGACACCUACCAGGUGGCACGAAUCGCCUACUGCACAGCCGACCACAGCGUCAGACCCAACGUCUUUGCCUGGAUCUACCGGGAAAUUAACGACGACCUGUCCUUCCAGAUGGACUGCCACGCAGUGGAGUGUGAGAACAAGCUGGAGGCCAAGAAGCUUGCACACUCUAUGAUGGAGGCUUUCCGCAAGACUUUCCACAGUAUGCGUAGCGAUGGCCGCAUCCACAAGAGCGGCUCGUCAGACGACUUUGCUGAGGACUCGUCCACCCCUGAAGACUCGACACCAGAUGACGGUUGAACUGAUACUCAUCUAAACUCCUGAUCCCCAUCCUAAAGAGUCAGGGAUGACGGGAAGGAUGGACUGAUUACCCCCUCUCUCUCAUUCUCCCUUACUAUCACUUUCUGUUAUCAAUUCAGAACUAAAUUACCUGACCCUGUGAUCCAUCACACCCAGGAAAAUGAAGUAGCUAUUAGAUACUGUUAAGAAAAGAUAGAUGAAAGAAUGAGUUACAAAAGACUGACAUUUCCAUACAGGGAUAGCAAAGUGGUGCCACUUUGUAUUAAAGGCCCUCAACAACCCACAGAGGCCUUUCAAGCACCUCUGUAAACGCCCUCAAGAGAUUGAUUCAACAUUUCUAUUUUCAACCACUGUUCAAAACAGACACACUGUUUGUGGUUAUUAAGCUUUUUUUAAAUCCAGGAAACAACAAACUGUAUCCCCUGUUCCUCUGACCCCAGCUCAUGACAACCUGUUGCUUUUCUUGCCAUAUAUAGGGAUCCAGAUGGAGUAGGCUUGUGACCUAUCCGGGUUCCUAACCCAGAGUUUGAGAAUGUUGGAGCACAUAAAUUCUUUAAAUGUUUAAUUUCAUGGAUCUCUGUUAAAAUGCCUUCGACCUCGGUAAUAGCAAAUGAGGAUGUGAAAGAAAAGCAAAGCCUUUAAGCACUAUUCAUAUCAUCACUACCGUACCUAAGUCCAACCACCCAAAAGUGAUUUGCCUGCAUGGCUGGUACUCGUGUGGACUAUGGAGCCAGAGCUUCUAUCACUGUCUCUGUUUCAUCGGUACUUACAGAUUCUGAGUACGUGUAAGGCACCUGGGAGGUGCUACGUAGAUUUUACAUUUUAAAAGUUCUCACUGGGCUGAAAGCCUGGACCUCUCUGUGACACCUUAAUCAUCUACAUCUGACUUCAGUUUUGAGUAAACCAAAAUUCAGGCUUGAUUCUGCCUGUCAGAUAAUGUGCCUCACUUUCCUCUCACAUUAGUUUGGUCUUUUACCCAGGUCUUAGCGUGUAUGUGCGGCCACGUGUGUGUGUGCGCCUACCUUCUUUGUUUGUUUUUUUUGUGUGUGUGUGUGUGUGUGUGUGUGUGUGUGUAGGUGUAAUUGCUUUCUUCUGUACUUUGUGUAUAUGAGUGUACACGUGAGUGCUUGCAUCCCUGUGUGUGAAAGGAAAAAGGAGGAGGAUGACUGUGGAGGGAGUAUUGUACGAUUAGCUGAAGGGGAAGAAUUCUCAUCGGCCUGGAAGGAUCCAAUUUUUUUUUAUGAUUAAGGAAGCAUUUUAAAAAUCAGACAUGGUACUGUGACCAUUUGCCACGUUUUAACUUUAGCCUGGAAUGUGCCAGUCGCUGAGGUUGUAGGACCCUAAGAGCACGGUCGUCCAUGGCAACGGCUGAUGCAUCCUGAAGAACGUAUGAUGAGUCCACCGUGCUGUGAGCACCUUAAACCAUGUCCAUUCAGUCUCCCAUGAUCUCCUCACGCUGUCAGGGACAGUCAGUGGCCGGUUUCACUCUGCUCUGCUACUCCGCGUUGCCUCUUUUGGAGUAACUGAGACUGAGGCGGGGGGAAAAAACAUGUCAGAGCUCCGCACUUCCAUCUUUCCUAACUGGACUGGAUUGAAAAGACUGGACGCUGUCAGUGUGAUUCAAAGAGAACAAUGAGGUGGCUCUGGUUACACACACACACAUACACACACUCAAAUAUACACACGUAAAAUUAUACAUAUGUAAACACAUAUUGUAUUUGAUUCUUGCUCAAUAAGCUUAUGUAAAUACAUAUGUAUCACUUUCCAAAUAUUACAGCAUUACUGUUGAUAGCUAUUUUAAAUAAAUACAAAUGUUGAGAACAUCAUACGAUACAGAAUCAGUGUUAUAAAGCCUACUGUGAAUUAUAAGAUGAGAGCCUGAUAGAGGUGGCUGUGUGUGUAUGUGUGUGUGUGUGUGGAAAGGAUUGUGUGUUGGUGAUGAGGGGUGUGAAUGGACAGGCCUGAGGGGGGGAAUGUUUAUAAAGCUGUAGAUUACUGUGUCAUGUCUGUCUGAAAGCUCAGACGCGCUUUAAAUGUUCGAACAAUGUUACCUUAAGUGUUUUCUAUACAGUGUUUGCAAAGAUCAAGAACUAUUGCAUAUAAAGUAUUUACCAAGACCAA